UUGUCAAAGAGUGUCGUCAAUAUGAAUACUGUUCACAACAGCGCCAGGAGUUUAUCGCAAACGGAUCUCAGAAUCAAUUGUAACCCAAAGGGCAGUUCGACAAGUAUUGCACAGACAGGCGCUGGCAAUGGUGGCAGUGGUGGGCCCUCACGGAUAGACAGGUCGCCGUCAUUUGUCAAGAAUAUUCGCAACCGAAUGAGUCUUCGGAGGGCUAAUCGACUCAAUUCACCCGAAAAGCAUGAAAAGAUGAGUCGUUCCUAUAGUCAUAAAACCCUUUUGUCUCACAAUCAAAAAAGUCAAUCAUUGAAAGCACAAAAUUUUGAGACAAAUGAGUGUUCAGAGAGUUUGGACAGAAUUUGGGGCGAAUUGAUUAAAUUGAAUUCCGAUUCUUCGCAAGUCAUUCAGAUUCGUCGCCAAAAGGGCCGCGCGUUUGGCUUUUUCGUGGCCCGCGGGACAGUCAACCACAUCAAAGGCGUUUUUGUUUCGCGUAUGAAAGACGAGGAAACGCAGAAGUGUUUGACAGGAGUUCUUGAGAUCGGAGACGAGAUUCUGGCCAUCGAUGGCGAGUCCGUGAAAGAGGCCAACAUUAUGCGAGUCAAUCAACUCAUAGCCAAUAAAGACACCAUUCGUCUCACUAUUAUUCCGUAUAUGAAUAAUAAAUAUCUUUAAUUGAUUUUCAUUUACAAAUUCAUCA